GCAGAGGGCAGAAGAAGGCAGAAGGGGAAGGCGGAAGAGGAGUGGAGAAUUGCGAAGGAUUUCGUGAAUUGUUGGUUGUCGAUUCAGAUUCAGAUAAGUCCUGUUCAACAGGUGCUGUGCUGUUUGGGUGAUUUUAGGGGAAUUUGAACUUAUGCAUUGAAUUAUGCGUAUGCUAGCUAUAUUGUCAGUCCUGAUACUGAUACUGAAACCUCAACCUCAACCUCAAUCUCAAUGAACAACAGCAUCAUCAUCCAAUUGGUUAACUCGCCUCCAGCAUGGGCAACUAUAAUUUCUUCUGCAUUUCUCCUCCUCACUCUUACUCUAUCCAUGUAUCUUUUAUUUGAGCAUCUUUCCGCAUACAAGAAUCCCGAAGAGCAAAAGUUCUUGAUUGGAGUUAUCCUCAUGGUUCCCUGCUAUUCUAUUGAAUCUCUUAUAUCAUUGGUCAAUCCUUCAAUCAGUGUUGAUUGCGAAAUUCUAAGGGAUUGCUAUGAAUCCUUUGCCAUGUAUUGCUUUGGAAGAUACCUUGUUGCCUGCCUGGGCGGCGAGGAAAGGACCAUUGAAUUUAUGGAAAGAGAAGGUCGUGCUACUUUUAAAACUCCUCUUCUACACCACCAUUCUUCUCACGAGGGCACUGUACACCACCCUUUUCCUAUGAACUACUUCCUUAAACCCUGGAUACUUGGUUACCGCUUUUACCAAAUUGUCAAAAUUGGUAUUGUUCAAUAUAUGAUAAUAAAGUCCUUCACUGCUAUUAUGGCCGUUAUCCUUGAAGCCUUUGGAGUCUACUGUGAAGGAGAAUUUAAAUUGGGAUGUGGGUAUCCUUACAUGGCAGUGGUUCUGAAUUUCAGUCAGUCGUGGGCAUUGUACUGCCUUGUUCAAUUUUAUACUGUUACAAAGGUGGAGCUGGCUCACAUAAAUCCAUUGGCCAAAUUUUUGACAUUUAAAUCAAUUGUGUUCCUCACUUGGUGGCAAGGUGUGGCAAUUGCUCUUCUAUAUACCUUUGGUUUGUUCAAAAGUCCCAUAGCACAAGGCUUGCAGUCUAAGUCAAGUGUCCAAGAUUUCAUCAUUUGCAUCGAGAUGGGCAUUGCUUCCAUAGUUCACCUGUAUGUGUUUCCAGCAAAGCCUUAUGAGCUAAUGGGUGACUGCGUACCUGGAAGUGUUUCAGUUCUGGGGGAUUAUUCUGCUGACUGUUCUCUCGACCCUGAUGAAAUUAGGGACAGCGAGAGACCCACAAAAUUGCGUCUUCCUACACCUGACGAUGAUGCCAAGAGCGGGAUGACAAUUAGGGAGAGUGUUCGUGAUGUUGUUAUUGGUGGUGGUGGAUAUAUUGUGAAAGAUGUGAAGUUCACAGUCCAUCAAGCAGUGGAGCCUGUGGAAAAGGGGAUCACUAGAUUCAAUGAAAAACUACACAAAAUCUCCCAAAACAUUAAGAAGCAUGACAAAGAUAGAAGAAGAACCAAGGAUGAUAGUUGCAUCGUAUCAUCAUCACCUGCAAGGAGGGUGAUUCGGGGUAUCGAUGACCCCCUCUUGAAUGGGAGUGUUAGCGAUAGUGGGAUAUCGAGAGUAAAGAAGCACCGUCGAAAAUCUGGAUAUACGAGUGGAGAGAGUGGAGGAGAGAGCAGUAGUGACCAAAGCUAUGGGGGCUACCAGAUUAGAGGCCAUAGGUGGGUUACCAAAGAGUAACGAAUGCUUUAGGGUACAGCUUAUGGCUGCUUGGCAAAAAUGCUAGAUUUUGCUGCUUCAUAUACCCAUCGCUGAGCUGUGAGGUAUUUUGUUGGAGGAAUAAUUUGUUACAUGCUCAGGCUUGCUGGCUUUUGUAACAUGAUUGGGGUAGAGUUUUCUUGUUGAAACUUAUCUAUUGUAAAUCAUUUCUUGUCAGAUGUAGUCAUGACGUUCCUGUGUCAUUACUAUAAUGGAUCUUCUGUAUUUGUAUAGAGGUUUCCUCUGGCAGCUUUUAACUGUUGCUUUGCCCCCUAACAAGAAAUUUCCAGAGUUUCUAGAAUAAUUCAAGUGUUUGUCAGGGGUAAGAUUAUGUGAUAU